CGGGCCGUGUGCAGCGUGGGCUCCCGCAGCCAUUGCAGCUCAGAGAGGUCUCCGCUCGAGUGUCACGGCGCAGGCUCGCUGUAGCGCAGCCGCUCUGAGUAGGCAACCAUGGAGGAUCAUACAGUUACCCAGACUGAUAACCUGACCACAAUUGAAGCUCACACUGUGGCUCACACCGUAGCACACUCUGUGGCUCAGCAGGUUCAACAGGUCCAUGUGGCCACAUACACCGACCACACCAUGAUGAGUGCCGACGAAGAUUCUCCAUCCUCUCCGGAGGACACCUCUUAUGAUGACUCGGACAUCCUGAACUCCACUGCAGCUGAUGAGAUUACAGCCCACUUGGCAGCCGCAGGUCCUGUUGGAAUGGCUGCUGCAGCUGCUGUGGCCACAGGAAAGAAGCGCAAAAGACCUCAUAUAUUUGAAUCCAAUCCUUCAAUACGAAAACGUCAGCAAACACGCCUGCUAAGGAAACUAAGGGCAACUCUGGAUGAAUAUACCACUCGUGUGGGGCAACAAGCCAUUGUGCUGUGCAUUUCACCUUCUAAACCCAACCCUGUUUUUAAAGUCUUUGGGGCCGCACCAUUGGAGAAUGUGGUCCGCAAAUACAAGAGCAUGAUCCUGGAGGACUUGGAGACUGCGUUAGCAGAGCAUGCCCCCGUUCAGCAGGACCUCAACUCAGACCUACCUCCUUUGACAAUAGAUGGCAUUCCCGUCUCUGUGGACAAGAUGACGCAGGCUCAGCUGCGAGCUUUCAUCCCCGAGAUGCUGAAAUACUCCACAGGACGGGGCAAACCAGGCUGGGGCAAGGAGAGUUGUAAGCCCAUCUGGUGGCCUGAUGAUAUCCCGUGGGCAAAUGUUCGCAGCGAUGUACGUACUGAGGAGCAGAAACUGAGGGUUUCGUGGACUCAAGCCUUGAGAACAAUCGUAAAGAACUGUUACAAACAGCAUGGGCGGGAAGAUCUGUUGUAUGCAUUUGAAGACCAGCAGACACAGCAAGUGACAACUACCCAUGGUAUUGCCCAUCUCGUCCCCUCACAGACUGUGGUACAGACGAUUAGCAACCCAGAUGGCACUGUAUCCCUCAUUCAGGUCGGCACGGGUGCUACCGUCGCUACUCUUGCCGAUGCAUCUGAACUACCAACUACUGUGACUGUUGCGCAAGUAAAUUACUCCACAGUCAGUGAUGGAGAGGUAGAACAGAACUGGUCGCUGCAGGGGGGCGAGAUGACCAUUCAAACGACGCAGGCAUCCGAAGCCACCCAGGCCGUGGCAUCCUUGGCAGAAGCAGCAGUGGCCGCAUCGCAUGAUAUAUCCCAGGGAGCCACUGUGACCAUGGCACUAAACAGGGCAUUUUCUACACGCAUUGAUCCCAUGUACAAUGAAGCCGCAGCUCAUGCUGUAGCCACCUUGGCAGAAGCCACAUUGCAGGGAGGAGGACAGAUAGUCUUGUCGGGUGAGACGGCAGCAGCUGUGGGAGCCUUGACUGGAGUGCAGGAUGCCAACGGUCUUGUGCAGAUCCCAGUCAGCAUGUAUCAGACAGUGGUGACGAGCCUGACGCAGGGUAACGGACCAGUACAAGUUGCUAUGGCACCAGUUACGGCAAGGAUAUCGGACUCUGUCACAGUAGAUGGACAGGCAGUAGAGGUGGUUACGUUGGAGCAAUGACUGUCCAGCCAAUGAAGGGUCAUGAGUUUUCCUGUCUACGUCGUGUCUUCGGCUUUCGGGCAAUGUGUGGAUUUUUGAAGCAUUUGAAUGAGAUCUCCAGUUUGAACUUCAAAAAAAAAAAAGACAUUUCUAUUUUUUUUAAUUUUUUUUUUACACAGCAACUUCCUUGUCCAACAUUUGGUCUCACUGCUUUUCCUAUGAGAUUUAAUUUAUUUAAGUAAAAUAACAAAGAUGCUUUGAAUGCUAAGCCCUUCAGCUGUAAAGGAGGUCAGCUAAGCACAGAAGAAGGAAACCCACAUCUUCGCUGACAAUUUUGCGCCAUCUCAUUUGGCAAUAAAAUGGACAGUUCUGUAAUAUUUUUCUGGAUUUUAAUAUUUCCUUUUUCGAAGACUGGAUAGACAUAAUUGGCAUUGGUGGGGAAUAACGCCAAUUGAAUUCGAUUUGCAGCCACCCCAUUAGCUGCCUGCAUCAGUGAUCGACUACUUUGAACCAAUAAUAUGAAUUUCUAAAUGCCUGCCUCCACAGACAUGUUAGCUGAAAUAAGAUGCGUUUAACUAUAACUGGAUGGACAACUUAUUUGUUCAUGUGACACUUUCCAAAUGGGAAACUGACUGGCAGUCUGUAAAAUGUAAAAUCUGUACAGUAAUUUUGGAACAGACGAGGGGGUUUGAACAGAGCAUCUGGAGCAGCCUCUGUUUUUCCGUUGCUGUUGGGCUACUGGCUCCGCUAUGCCGUGGCUAGAUAAUCCAGCAACAGAUGAUAAGGCGCAGGUUGGCCACCCCCAGUUAGAGGCAUCUGUAUUCUUCAGUUUCUGUGGCAUGCUACUCAUUUCUGAAAGUACAUGAAUAAACAGUUGGUUUUAAGCAAUCUUUGGGUGGAUGCAGUAAAAUAAAAGAAAAUACAUUUCCCGUGCACUGAGAUGUCCGCUGUAAAGGGUGCUUCUACUAAAUCCUAUAUAUAUUUUACUGACAUUUUAUACGCCUCAUGUAGACAAAAGUAAAUGGACAUCAUAUACAUAGCGUACACAAACGGAUUCUGAAAUGAUUAAUGGUCCCCUACCUGAAAGGUGCAGCAGCCCUAUAUAGACCAUAUAUUGAGGCUUUUUGCAUUUCAGUUUUAUUCAACAUCAAUUAAUUGGGCUGUCUACAUUUAGACCUCUUAGGGGUGUAGUUUAGAGUUCAAAAACAUUUUUUUUUAAUAAUUAUCAUGGAGAAUGCUAAUGCUUCAGAUGCCACAGUUAUACAAAACCGAACUUAGUUUCAUCAGUAUUUUUAUGUUUCCUUAUAAAAGAUAAGUCUUGCAUAAUGUUUGGACAGAGUGUAGCUGCAUUUUAGCUGUUUUUACAAAGUUAGUGUCAUCUUUCUAGUUUUGGGUUCUGCGUUUCUCUACAUCAUACCAAAAUACCUGCGUGACAAACAUUUUGCUGCGAGUGGUCUGCAAUUCAGCCGUCUAUUUCCUUUUAACGUCAAUCCUUUGUGUUCUACUGAAACGCCGCCAUACGUGUAAUGCUUUUAUGUAUUUGAAAAUUGGUUUGCAAAUCAAGCCAUGUAUUAUUUAGACAAUUUGUUCCGUUUUAACUGUGAAAUCAUGAUAGCCAAUUGCAAUACA